UUAAUUAGAGCAUUGCUUUGAGAAAAAGUAAAGAAAGAAAUUGGACUUGGUGGAGUUAGUAGUUAGUACUCGGUUCUAUACUAAAUCACUUUUUCUUAAUAAAACACUCGAAACCUAAAAUUCAGAACUCAAAUCACAGCAUUAGCAACCACAACAAUGGCGUCGGAGCACCAAAAUUUAAUCGACUCUUUCAUGGAGAUUACAUCUUCUUCUCCUGAAGAAGCUCAAUUCUUCCUCGAAAGUCACAAUUUUGAUGUCGACGCCGCAGUCUCUACCUUCUUCGAAUCCAACUCUGCUCCUUCUGUCGCCAACCCAAUCCUAGAUUCUGCUGCUCAAGAGGCAGAUACUGAAGCAGAUAUCGUCUCUCCAUCUCCGUCUUCUCCUUCAGCAUCUCUAUCUCCUUCCCCUUCACGUUCUCGAUCUCAUUCUCCUCCUUCUGGAGUUCGAUCGCUUUACAAUCUACGAUCGCGUAGAACGUCUGAGAAUAAGGAUAAUAAUUAUGGAGGAACUUCUAAAUCGCGGAGAAGUCGUGGUCGUGUUGGUGGUGUUCGUACUUUAGCUGAUCUGAACCACAAUUCUUCUGAGGAUAGUGAUUCUGAUCAUAGUCAUGAUCAUCCUCCUCAGUAUUUCACCGGUGGUGAGAAAAGUGGUAUGGUUGUGCAAGAUCCUUCCAAUGAUAAUCAUGUUGAGGCGAUUUUUGAGCAGGCUAGACGCAUGGGAGCUCUUGAAGGACCAGCUGAUGUUCAUCGUCCAUCUUCAAGCUCAAGAAGCUUUUCUGGAACAGCUAGAUUGCUCUCUGGGGAGGUGGUCCCAUCUUCUGCUCGUGAGCGCCCUCCUGAAGCUGUCACUCAUACAAUCACCUUUUGGCGUAAUGGUUUUACAGUAGAUGAUGGUCCUUUGAGGAGAUUUGAUGAUGAAGAAAAUGCUCAAAUUCUGGAGAGCAUAAAAAAUUCUGAGUGCCCAGAGGAGCUACAACCAGCUGACAGGAAGACUGCAGUCAAUGUUAAUCUUGUGAGGAGGAAUGAGAACUACUCUGAACCACCAAAAGAAAAACCUGCUGCAUUCCAGGGUGCUGGGAGGACAUUGGGUGACAGCAGCUCAAACUCUUCUGAGCCUUCUACUGUUACUGCUGCUCUCAACUCUGCCCCUCCUCCAACGAUGGGCCUAAUUGUUGAUGAUAAACUACCAUCAACCUCAAUCCAGUUAAGGUUGGCAGAUGGGACCCGGAUGGUCUCACGCUUCAACCAUCAUCAUACAAUAAGAGAUAUUCAUGCCUUCAUUGAUGCAUCAAGGCCAGCUAGAAGAGGAGCUUAUACACUACAGAUGAUGGGGUUUCCUCCGAAGCAGCUAACUGAUGUCGACCAGACUGUAGAGCAAGCUGGUCUUGCGAACUCUGUUGUAAUCCAGAAAUUUUAGCCAACUGUUCAUCGAUGCUAAAUUCGUUAUAGGUUUUUGAGCAGCUAUAUUGGCUACGAUUUCUGAAUUCUACUUUUCUUGGUAACUUAUCCAUGGUAGAUAAGAGUUUGGUGGUUUGAAGUUCUAUGGAUUCCAUUACAUAGUAUAUUUUCUUUCAUUACUUAACACUCUUAUCUCUUGAAAUUGGAUUAUAAUACUAUAGGAGCUGUUACUGUUACAUUAUUGGCCACACUGAUAGCAAUUAAUAAGCCAGAAAGAAGAAA